AUGGAAAAACAACUGCCAAGCCGUAGGUUGUUGGUUCCGAACGAUGGUUUCCGAGUCGGAAUCGAACCCGAUUUAAACAACGAAAAUAACGGAAAUAACGGAAAUAUUCCUAACCCUAGCCUUAACGGCCAUAACGAUACCGGAAACCUUUUUACAACCCCCAUUCGCUCCGGGACCCGUGCCGGCCAAAACGGCCUUAGGGCGGAUUUUGCCGUUAUUAACGGAAUAUCCAAAUAUUAUUACGACGUGCAAAUCGUUGCAAUUAAUAAGGAUUCCGGUAAUAUAAACCUGUUAAACACGUUAACGAACGCAGCCAAUAAUAAAGGACGGAAAUAUCACUUUUUGGAUCCAUUUUUCCAUCCAAUUAUAAUAAACGCCGGAGGCCUUAUGGAAAAAAUACAGCACAGGCUUAUAAACAGCUCCAAAAAUUAA